AUGGCAGCAAUCUUCCUGUCGUCCGUCGUCUCCCCAGCAGGACCGUGCCUGUCGUGCAAUGUGCAGCGUCCGCUUUGGAGCCCAACACUUACGCACCCCCACGGGAGCGUGGACCACGCAAUGCCUCUUCGGAUGCCAACACCUCCGCGCCCCCGAAGGGGUGGCAAAAUCGUCGUGCGCGGCGCUCUCAAGAGGUGCUUCGCUGAGGGUAACGGCGUGGCGGUCCGCAGCCUAGGGCGGCAGGGGGCUGCGGGGGCGAUGAGGUUCCUGCUAGCCAUGCGGGAGGAGGGCGCGGCGGCGGCGGAUGAGCUUCGCUCGUUCGUGCGCGACGUGUGCAUCCGGCUGGUGCCUCAGGAGCCGCUGAAGCCCUUCGGCACCCCCCUCCUGCUGAUUGUGACCGCCGUCCGGGGGCGCACACAGCUGCCGCCGGAGAACAGCCCGCAGUGCGUACCGCUCAGCGUGGCGUCCCGUACGGAUUCCCCGCGUUUGGAGACUAAGGUGUUGCGGGAGCUGAAUAAUCUGCAGCCCGGCCAGUUCUUGCGGCUGGACAUGGUGGGUACGGACGCGCUGUAUCGCGGCCUGUCAGCCCUCCGCGACGCACAGGAGAGGAUUCCCGCGGCCAGCUACAACUUCUUUGCGGUUCCGGAGCUGGUUUCCGUCCCGGUGCGCGCGCGGAGAGAACCAUCACAAUUGCAGCAGCAGCAGCAGCAGCAGGGGAGUCCUCGUCAGGAGCAAGCAGGCCAGGGGCAGAAACAGCAACAGCAAGAAGCUAAUGCUGGGCAGCAACAGCCCGUAGCGGGAGCUAGCAUUCCGGGAGUGGAUCCGGAGCGUCCUGGCAAGGGCAAAGUCUUGGUUUCGGAGGCCGAGCUUCAGGAGCUUAAAGGGGCUCUGGGCAGCAUGAUGGAGCAACAGAAGAUGUUGGACUGCGGACGGCCCCAGAUGGGGGACAGGUCUUCUCUACAGAGGGCCGUCCAUGCGCCGUCCCCCCUUUCGGGUUUUACGGACGCCGCCCACAUUUGUGCGGAACUUGUAACUUCUCGUACAGAGGAUCUGUGGAUGUGGUACGGAGAAGAUUUCCCUACAGCACGCGGUUUCCUUGUUGGGCCUGAUGUUCUGCUGAUGUUGGCUGUUGAGAUCUGGCCAGCACUCGACCUGGCGGUUCGCUGCACACGAGGCGUUUUCUUCUUCUACUUCUUCUUCUUCGCUGUCUUCUAUCAGGAGGGAAGGGCAGGGACCAGCGGGAUGAGGGGUGGGGUGAAGGAAGGACUCCUCGACAAUGGUGACCUGGCGCCCUGCCUUCAUGACUGUCGGCGCGGCUUGAUGCAAGGAAGAAAAGUCCCCGAAAAGAAGCUUUCUCUCGCGGUGAUAACAUCAAUGGCUGCAGCUCUCAAUGUCUGGAUGGAUGUAGAUGCACAACGACAGAAACCCGACCUGAAAGUUGUCGGCGGCGGCUUGGAGGCUACACAAUUGUCAGAGUCGCUGUUGUGUAUUGUACGCUCUGCUUUUGCCGGUACGGGCAUUCGGCCAGUUUUGACAAUAGCGGUGGAGAGCCACACAUUGUGUCGGCCAGCUCAUUAA